AAGCAAGCUGGCAUCGUGGCACCUUUUACGCAUUCGCGCCAUUCCAAUGUAAUGUUAGGUUAGGGUGUUGAUGUGAAUCACGUUUUAUUGCGGUAAUCAUAAUUAGAUUGCAAAGGUAAAUGUAAAAUAUUUGAUAAGUAUGUUAGUUAAUUAAUUUACGUACAAUAUGACCAUUUGCCUCGAUUAUUAUUUGCAGGGCGAAAUGUUUUCAUUAGUGGAAUUUGCAGAGGAGUCUGGAGGAGGCUUGGCCAUUAUUCGGACAGAGUGGUUUACCCCUCGCAAACAAGAAGCGUUUUGGCCACCUACUAAACAGUCAAAAACAUUUGAAAAGGUUCUUCUAAAUGAAGAUCAAGUAAUCGACAACAAGUGGAAGCUUUGUUUCGUUCGGCGCACCUUAUUUGAGUCAGACGAUUAUGAACGUGUAAAAAGGAAGUUACCGAGGGCCGAAUAUACUUCUGAUCUACAAAGUAGUGAGGCUGAGGUUGGAAGUCAAGGUGAUGCAGACCAAGAUAAAUUUCAAAAAAGGAAACGUGCACCUUCUCGUAGACUACUUUCAAGUAGUAGUGACGAAGAACAAACUUCAAAGUUUCCUCGGCCACCUACUCUUAACUUAAACAAACAAAUAGUAAGACAUGUACCAUCUCCAAGGCAAUUAGAGAUCUGCGAACCUGUUCCUGAUCUGAGUAGUGAACAAUCCAUAGCUUCCACGUCACAAUCUUCACACAAUGACAACAAUACAACUCUAGCUUCUUGUUUAUCUCUUCAAAAAAAAUUAGUCAAUGAUAUUAUUUUUAUCAAAGAACAAAACAAAUUAAUAAUAGAAUUGCUGCGACAGCAAAAAUUGACCCAAGAGAAAAUCCAAUUUGAAAAUGCUCUACCGGCAAAUUUUCCUGUAAAGUUGCCGGUCAAUGCUGAACAAGAAAUUCAGCUAUUGGAACAGUAUUUGACAAUACAGGACAAUUACGAUUUACUGCGUUGCCAUUUAUCUACAUUUGGUGGAAAAAAUAUUAAUGACACCACUUCUAAUAUAUUAAAGAGAGUCAUAAACGAUAGUGUGGCAUGUAGUUACAAUUAUCUGGGCACUAGGUCUAAUAAAAAGCCAUUUUCUCAACUAUCUUUAAAAAAGGUCGUUGUUGAUGCAGUAAAAGCAAAGCAACCACAGGCUGUUGAGUGUGACAUCGAACAAGUAAUAAAGGGGUGGUUGAAGCAUGCACCCCAACGUUGCAAGCUUAAAAAAAGUAAGGAUACUGUUGAAUCUAACACUUAAGCUGUAUUUUUUAACCUCAUCAA